AUGUUUUCGCUCCUACGCACUAACUUUAGUAGGUUGCUGCCCCAGACUGGAGCAGGGUUUCUAAAAGCGCCUUUGGGCAACUCAAGUCCUUUUUUAACACGGGGAUUCAAGGUGAGAACAGCCAUAAAAAAGUUUUGCAGUGACUGCUACAUGGUAAGGCGCAAGGGCAGAGUCUAUGUCUAUUGCAAGUCUAAUAAGAAGCACAAGCAGCGCCAAGGAUGA